CGAGACAGAGACCCAGGGAGAGCGAGAGUGAGUGAGAGACGGUUUCUCCUUGCAGGCUGCUGCUGUUGCUGUGCCAAUGCGCAAACAGUCCACGCCGUGGGAUAGGUCUCCCCAAAUUGAGGCUGCGCUCGAAACGAUCAUGCGAUUGAAUGACGAGCGCGUCAUGCCUGUCUUCCUCCUCUCCUGCUCUGUGCGAUCAGUGGCUCUGUGUUCCGCAAUCCCCUGGGAUACUGUACCGCCCUCGAUGGCUCUGCUAUCGGCGUUUCGCUCACACUGAAUGGCUGCCUGGAGCAAGGAAAAGCGGGGAGAGAGAGCGCUGCGUCUCCUCCUUUGAACCAACGCUCUGCAUCAACUUCCCAGCGAGGGGACCCUUUGGUGGUGUGCGUAGGCGCACCAUGGCCCAGACCCUCCAGAUGGCGAUCCCAAACUUUGGCAACAACGUUUUAGAGUGUCUGAAUGAGCAGCGGCUACAGGGCCUCUACUGCGAUGUCUCCGUGGUGGUCAAGGGCCAUGCCUUCAAGGCUCAUCGAGCUGUUCUGGCUGCAAGCAGUUCUUAUUUCCGGGACCUCUUCAGCAGCAGCAGCAAUUGUGGAGGUGGUAGCAGCAAUGAGACCAGCCCAACCAUAGUGGAGCUCCCGCCGGCAGUGCAGCCUCAGAGCUUCCAGCAGAUUUUGGCUUUCUGCUACACAGGCCGCCUCAGCAUGACGGUGGGGGACCAGUUUCUCCUAAUGUAUACUGCCGGCUUCCUACAGAUCCAACAGAUCAUGGAAAAGGGCACAGAAUUCUUCCUCAAGGUCUCCUCCCCCAGCUGUGACUCCCAGGGCCUUCAUGCAGAGGAGGCCCCACCUUCUGAGCCCCAGAGCCCUGUAACACAGACCAAUAACGGUGCAGCCCGACCUGCCUCCUGCCUGACGCCGCUCCCUCUGGUAUCGCGAGUAAAGACAGAGCAGCCAGCUAGCCAACCAGAAGCAGCCGCUCCUUAUUCAGUGGUCUGCACUCCUGUAGCCAAACGGCUGUGGGAGGGAGGCAGCACCCGAGAUGGAGGUGGAGUAGGCUCAGGGGGAGGGGGUGGGGCCAGGAAGGCAGCCCGUUAUUCCCAGGAGGCUGUGCGGGGCAGUGCCAUCCAGAGCCCCGGAGCCCUUGGACUGGCCAUGGGUAUGGGUGCCACCACAACCAGCCUGGCAGGCAUGGUGGCCAGUGGCAGUGCCAGCACCAACGGGAGCUCUGCAGCAGGACUCGGCAUGUCAGAGGGCGCAAGCCCAGGCACUCUGAGUACCUACGCUAGUGACUCGCCCAUCAGCUACCAUGAUGAUGAAGAAGAGGAAGAGGGGACAGAUGAAUGUGCUGAAGAACAGUACAGACAAAUCUGCAACAUGUAUACCAUGUACAGCAUGCUCAACAUGGGAGCUGCAGCUGCUGGCGAGCGUGUUGAGGCUUUACCAGACCACACAGAGACACGGGGUCGGAUGCGAGGCAGAGAUCUUACGUGUCUCCCUGCAGAACUCAUCGCUCAGAUAGGCAACCGCUGUCAUCCCAAACUGUACGAGGAAGGAGACCCUGCUGAGAAACUAGAGUUAGUCUCAGGUACUUCUGUGUAUAUAUCGCGAGCCCAGCUAAUGAACUGUCAUGUGAGCGCAGGGACCAGACACAAAGUGCUGCUGAGGAGGCUGCUGGCCGCCUUCUUUGACAGGAAUACUCUGGCCAACAGCUGUGGAACAGGCAUUCGCUCGUCCACCAAUGACCCGAGCCGCAAGCCCCUGGACAACAGAGUGCUGCAUGCGGUCAAAUUUUAUUGCCAGAACUUUGCCACCAGCUUCAAAGAGAGCGAGAUGAAUGCCAUCGCAGCCGACAUGUGCACCAACGCCCGGCGUGUAGUCCGUAAGAGCUGGAUCCCCAAGCUGAAGCUACUGAUGGCUGAGAGCGAUGCUUACUCCGCUUUCCUUCCUGACGGUGUCAAGACGGAGGACGACACCCUCGGAGCGGAUCAAGCAUUCGACCCUGCCUCUCUGGAGGCCACCGGCGGUGCUGGCAUGGAGUCAGGUGGCUCUUCAGGUGAAUCACUACCAGGUGUGGGCGGGGACGGAGGCCCGUUAUUUUGAACACUGUGCCUGGGGAAGGUUGAAAUUUGGUGACACACAUGCCAGUAUUCCCCAGUUCUGCUUGCCUCCUCACUCUUUGGCCCACGCUGAUCUCUCACAUUUGACUGUCUAUACUACACUGCUGGGGUCAACGGUUGUUGUUGCCCUGAUGUAACCCGGACGUGAAAACUUAAAUUUUUGCUUUAUGACUGUACAAUGGAGUUAGUCGAGGAAAGGGAGAGUUAGUUAUAUCCUAACUGCCCUCUGCCUCCCCUUGUCUUUUUAAGGUGUGUAAGCUCAUCCACUUUUGCAUAUUAAAUACAUUCCCUGACAUGCGGGUGGUGGGAGGAGUUACUGGUGCAGCCUUUAGGAGGCGGAGGAGGAGGAAGAGGAUGGCUGAUGGACAGGCUAGGAGUAGAGGUGGCGAGUAUAUUGAAUGUAAAUGUCGGUGGCAUUUUUCUCUAUGCAAGCCUGACACCUUGUAUUCCAGCCUCAGGAAAGGAACUAAAUUUAAAAUAGAAACAUUAUUAAAUUAAUUAACACUACGUGUUCUUCCUCCCCUUGCAUCUUCCACUCAUCACCCUGCAAGUAUUCUUCACCCCACCUCACCUUUCUUGAGACCAGAGAAUCUCACCAGUGUUUCACUGUACGGUGUCUUAUAGAAAUAUAUCUCAUCUUUCUGUUUUCUAAAUUUUUAGCAUGUUUGUCUAUAAACUGAAUAGUGAUCCAGAGAGAAGGGGAAAAGCUUUUUACUAUGAUGAUUGUAAAGAAAAUUGAAGGGCAACAGGUAAUCAAAGAUGGUCAUAUUUUUAGAAGACAAACUAUAUUUAUACAAGUGCCCAUGCCUAGAAUGGCGUGAGCAAAGCAAGUGAGAGGGAUUGUUUUAAAAUCUCGAUCUUCAUGUUUUAUUGAAAGAGGUCUUGUCAAACAAGGAGAAGUGCUAUUUUUGCAGAAAAAGGAGUAUCAAGCAGUCUUAUCAUAGGACCCAUAGUCGUUUAUUUUUGUCUUUAUUUUACAGUGCAGAGUGAUGGAAUGAGCAGUUGAACUGCUAAAUUUGAAGCAUUUCAUCUUCUGUUCACUAGCUUAAAAGGAAUAAUAAGACUGAUUCAGCUGGCUUGACUGUUGUCUAUGAUAACCAUUUCUUGUUAGGUUAUGAAACUGCAACAUUUGCCUCCUUCGAUAAAACAUUGGCCCACAGUUUUGAUGAUUACUUAUAGAAAGCCAGUAAGUGUAUUGUAGAAAUAUAAAGGUUAUAUUGAUCUGACAACUCAGUCUCUUCUUUGUACUAAAAAUAUUGAAAAGAAAAAAAAACUGCUGACAUUUUGUGAAAAUGCAAAUGUCAGUGGAAAUAAUUAUGAAAUAUUGGAAUGUGCCUUUCAAUUGAAAUCACUACGCAGAAGGCUGGUGGGUGCAGUGAUGGCAAGGAGGAGGCAAUAUUGCUUGAAGAAAAAAGUUGAUAUGGUACUAUCCAUGUGUGUGUGAGACAUAGUUAUUUGGUAAAGGAGAGUCUGUAUUGCGUGACCUCUGGUAUGUAGUUUAUUCACGUAUCUAAUGCACCACCUCUUUAAUAUGGAAAUUCAAAAUGGCUGAAAGUUUUAUUUUGGAGUUUGAAAUGAUUUUGCACCUUCCAUGAUAGGUAGAGUGGAGGUUUCUGCACCUUAAUGAGAAGAACCAGUGGUUCAUGCACCUUUUGAGAAAUGUUGUGUAGCAAUCGAACCCCUUUAGGUGGAAUUUGUCAUUUUUUUCCAUGUCUGCCCGUGUUUUUUUGUUUCUAAAGUGGCACAAACUCCUACUGUAAAUAAUCAAGAAGACUGUUAAGUUAAAUCCCAAGUGUUCCUCUUUUCUGUUGCUUGAUGUGUCUGAUUAUGACAUGUCAAAAACUUUUUUAUGUGAAAGUUAGUGUCUGCUAGAAACUUUUUGAAUGCAUGUUGAUUUGUAGAACGGAGGUCAGAGCAGGGGAUUCAUAAUUCCUGUUGCAGGUGGAUAUAUACGUUAAAGUGGUCAGGGUCUGACUUAGGAAUGUGUUCUCAACCUGAAAUGCUCUCACAGACGACUGAUUACUUUUUCCUUCUAGAAAGGCAUUUCUAAAAAGGCUCUAUUUUUCUGAAGACCGGUACAGUGUAAAAACCGGGAAGGAAUAUAUGCUUCUUAUUCAAGGCAGUUGAGUCAAUCUUAUUGAAAGGUUAACUAUAACAAUGGUAGAUAUAACUCAACCUAUUUUCAUUAUCAUUUGAAAUGAUAAAACUGAGUUUACUUAGGUGCUUUGACUAGGAGAUGUAUGGAAAGAACAACAAUGCAGUACCUUGUAAGUAUUCAGUAAGGGUAAUAACAACAAAACCUCAAUUUUGCAUUUGACUGUAGAUGCCACAUGAGCACCCCUCCCCCACUUACCUCCUCAGUAUCUGAAGACUGUUGUGCUUCCUGUCCUUCAUGCAGCUGGUGUCAUGUUUCACUUCCACAAGUUUAUUCAUGCGUUUCAAAGAGAGGCAAAGCAGUGGUUUUUGGUAGUUAAAUCUGAAUUAUAAUUUGUAUGUUUAGUUUGCUUAGGUGGCUUUCAAGUGGUUUUUAUAUCAGGGCCCAAAAGUUUAACUCAUAUUUUGAUUAUGACAGUAUUUAAGUUAGUCUUUGCCAGUUGUGUUAAAGUUACCAUCAACCAUUUGCUGGGAUAUCAAAUGAUGCUAUACUGAAAACCUGUCAUUUAAAGAUGAAUAUUUUCAUAAAACUGAAAACACUUUGCUUUAGUUUUUCAUAGUAAAUCCACUAUAAUAGCAGAUUCUUAGGUAAUUGCUUUGAAUACGGAGUUAAAGGACCAAGAGACGUGUGUUCAAGUUCAAUCAGAACUAUGUAGGGAGUUUUGAGACAUCCGCUCUAUCAAUGAAUUAGAAAUCUGUGAGAAAUAUAACUUCUUAAUAUCUCAUUUACUAUAAUGUCUAUGAAAUCUGUCAAUGUUCCUGCUUAAAGAAAUAAGAUCAGUUAUGAAAAUAGCCAAAUUAUUGUUCAAAUGUCUUUUCCAUAAUUACAGGAUUUUUAUUAUGGGUCCCUCAGAAGGGUGUCGGUGAAACCAGAAUAUAAUUACCAUUGACACCCUUAGAAAAGACAGUGAGUCUCCAAUUGGAAAAAAAAUUAAGAUGAAAAUAAGAUGAAAAACAUAAAGAGGCUUUUAAAGGGAUGUAGAACAAAAAGUAACAAGGGCUAAAUUAGCUUCUAACCAUAACCAUGUUGCACAGUUAUCUACUGAAUCAUUUGUGCUCCGUUCUGAGCCGCUGACUAGGGCUGAAAUAUAACCAGUGAACCAGCACUAAUUAUGAGGAAGCCAUAUUAGUCUGCUCUCACCAAACAGCAGCCAAAACAACAACCAAACACAGAAAUAUUCACACUGUACCACUGACAAAGUCAGAAUAUCCUGCUGUUGCACCUCAUGAGCAUAGCUUCACAACACUGGUUUAAGGCCUAUCAGUUUAAUCAGCGAAUUAGAAAUAACAUUGGUUAUGGUACGUGUCAGGGGUUUUACUUUUACUCAGCUUUCAGGGCCAGCUCUACUUAUUAUGACUCAAUACAAGUCCCUCACUCACAACCUACUUGCACAAUGCUUCAUCUGCAAUGGGUCUGCAAGUGUGGUUGUGUUUUACUUUUGAUUGCAUUUGAAAACAGAUUUUUUUUCUGUACUUUCUAAGCAAAAUGUAAUUUCUGUACCUUUCAGCAUAUAUGUUUACACUUCACAAAACAUGUAGACCUACACACUUGAAUGGAUAAGGUGUGGCACGGCAUGGGGAACCUUUUGUGACUAAACAGUACAUAUAUAAAUAUGAUUAUAUACAUGUAUAGAUAAAUACUGUAUAUUAUAUAUAGAUGCACACAUAGAGGUCAGAUUGUUUAUUGUGCACUCGCAGCAUGAGGUAUAUAUUUACCUACAAACAGCGCUUCUUCACAAACUCUGCAGUAAUUGGUCUGCCCAUGUCUUUGCCCCUGCGCCUUGCCCUCUGUAACCCUGUAGCUCCAGUUGACCUCCUGUACUGCUCAUCCUAUUCUUUCUGUGUUCCAAGUGCCAAUAACUUUGUGAAAGCCCUGUAACUGUGACCCAACAUUAUCAAAGGUAAUUGCACAUUAACAACUGUAAAAUAAAUAAAUACAAAUCAUAGAGAAAAUGUCAAAAUGGAUUAAAUAAUGAAUAUCUUAAUAAAAGAUUUGUAACAAUUUC